AUGAAUUUACCGAAAGUAUUUCGGCACGCCAAAAUACUUUCGGUAGGAAACCUUAAGCCUGUACUUAAGCAACCUCCUAUAUUGCUUCUGAUUCAACCAUUACAUAACGAAACACACCUCCGAAAUACGUUCAACUGGAAUAAACAACCAUUUUCAAUUUACUCCCAAGCUUUUUACGGUAUAAAAUCAAAAUCUUGCACAGAAAAUCAUAAUUUAAAUUUGUCGGAAGGUUCCGAUAGUGGAUCAAAAAAUAACGGCCAACAGGGAGAAGGUGGUGACAGUGGUGAUAAUCAAAAUAAUUCAAGCAAUAGUAACAACGCAGAUAAUCCUGGCAAUGGAAAUAAAGGUGAUGGAUCAGGAAAAGGUGGUGAUGGGUCAGGAGACAAUAAUUCUCCUCGAUCCCCAUUUGAGAAUAUCCAUAGAACUUUGCAUAUUCUGGAAACAACUUUACAAAGGCCUUCUAUACCAGAGGUAUAUCCACAAGUUUUGGCUCUUCCUAUUGCUCGGCGACCUCUUUUCCCCGGAUUUUACAAAGCUGUUGUGAUUAAAGAUCCGCAUGUCACAGCCGCUGUAAAGGAAUUAAUGAAACGUGGGCAACCUUAUGUUGGUGCAUUUCUACUUAAAGAUGAAGAAUUAGAUGUAGAUACUAUCACAGAUAUUGCACAAGUGUAUAAAGUUGGUGUAUUUUCCCAAAUUACGAGUGUUUUUCCAGCUAACGGUGGUCAUGAUGAAAAUUCAUUGACUGCUGUCUUAUAUCCUCAUCGACGCAUCCGCAUCAAUGAACUUUUACCACCCUUACCAGCUAAUACUUCUGAAGCUGAAAUAAUUCCCCAGCCAGUACAGCAAGCUUCUGAAACGAGCGCUAAUAAAGAGCCUGAACCACAAUAUGCUACAUCUUUUCUUGAAGAUUAUAAUGUCUCACUAGUAAACGUUGAAAAUCUUAAUGAUGAGCAGUAUAAUAGAAAGAAUCAAGUAAUUCGAGCAAUAACAUCUGAAAUUGUAGCAGUAUUCAAAGAUAUAGCAACGUUGAACCCACUCUUCCGUGAUCAAAUUGCAAAUUUUUCCAUGUCACAGUCUGCUGGUAAUGUUUUUGAAGAACCUGCAAAACUUGCCGAUUUUGCAGCUGCUGUUUCAACAGGAGAACCAAAUGAAUUACAAGAAAUCUUAGAAAGUUUAGUUAUUGAAGAGCGUUUACAAAAAGCUUUACUUGUCCUAAAAAAAGAAUUAGUUAAUGCUCAAUUACAAAACAAAAUUAGUAAAGAAGUUGAAUCGAAAAUUGCAAAGCGACAAAGAGAAUAUUAUUUAAUGGAACAAUUAAAAGGAAUAAAAAAAGAAUUAGGGAUUGAAUCAGAUGGAAAAGACAAACUCAUUGAAAAGUUCAAAGAAAAAGCAGAUAAACUCGCCAUGCCUGACAAUGUUAAGAAAGUUUUUGAUGAGGAAAUCAAUAAACUUGCUCAUUUAGAGCCCGCAGCUUCCGAAUUCAAUGUCACUCUGCUUGAUGAUGAUCAUUAUGGAUUACAAGAUGUAAAGGAUCGGAUAUUAGAAUUCAUCGCCGUUGGUAAACUAAGAGGCACUGUUGAAGGAAAAAUUUUGUGCUUCGUUGGACCUCCCGGUGUUGGUAAAACUUCUAUUGGAAAAUCCAUUGCUCGAGCUCUAUCGCGGCAGUUUUAUCGGUUUAGCGUUGGUGGUCUUACCGAUGUUGCUGAAAUCAAAGGACAUCGUCGAACGUAUGUUGGCGCUAUGCCUGGUAAAGUUGUCCAAGCCUUGAAAAAGGUACAGACCGAAAAUCCAUUGAUUUUAAUUGAUGAAGUUGACAAAAUUGGUCGUGGACAUCAAGGCGAUCCUUCUUCAGCGCUUUUGGAACUCCUCGAUCCAGAGCAAAAUUCAUCCUUUUUGGAUCAUUACAUGGAUGUACCAAUUAAUCUUUCUAAAGUGCUCUUUGUUUGCACUGCUAAUGUGGUAGACACGAUACCUGUUCCAUUGUUAGAUCGUAUGGAAGUAAUCCAGUUAUCUGGAUAUGUUGCUGAUGAAAAAGUUGCUAUUGCUUCAAAAUAUCUUGUGCCAACAGCUAAAGAAAUGGCUGGCUUACAAAAUGCAGACGUUCAACUACAACAAGAUGCCAUUGAGACCUUGAUUAAGUCAUACUGCCGUGAAAGCGGUGUUCGCAAUUUAAAGAAACAUAUCGACAAAGUUUAUCGAAAAGCAGCUCUUAAAAUAGUACGAGAUAUUGGCGAUGAAGAAUUAGCAUCAGAAGAACUUGACCAUGUUGAAGCUGAAACUUCUGAGGAAACUAAAACUGAUGAUGUUCCUACCACCACUGAGCCGCGAAAACCUUUAAAUGUACCUAGCAAUGUUCAUGUUGGAAUUACCGCAGAAAAUUUAAAGGACUAUGUUGGACCUCCACUGUGGCAUUCAGAUCGUUUAUAUGAUCAAACUCCUCCUGGAGUCGUUAUGGGAUUGGCUUGGACGAGCAUGGGUGGUUCUGCAUUGUACGUCGAAUCUACCCUUGAUUCAAUUAUUUCUACAACUUCAAAACCAUCUCUCUCUAAAACUGGUCAAUUGGGUGAUGUAAUGAAAGAAUCCACCACUAUUGCUUAUACAUUUGCUAAAAGUUUAAUGGCACGACUAUAUCCAGAAAAUAAAUUUUUUGAAAGGGCUUCAAUUCACCUUCACGCACCUGAAGGUGCAACCCCAAAGGAUGGCCCUUCUGCUGGUAUUACCAUGGCAACAUCACUCCUCUCACUUGCCUUUUCUAAACCGUUAGAUCCAACUAUAGCAAUGACUGGUGAACUCACGCUUACUGGUAAAGUUUUAAGAGUUGGUGGAAUUCGGGAGAAAACGGUAGCUGCUAAGAGAUCUGGCGUGUCUACCAUAAUAUUUCCAAAAGCUAAUACUAACGAUUGGGAAGAGUUACCUGAGAAUAUUAAGGAGGGCCUUACGGGUGUUCCCGUUGCUGAUUAUUACGAAGUCUUUAAUUUUGUUUUUGGCCCAAUUAGUAAAGAGCAAGCAAAACAGGCUUGGGAGUCGAUUGCAUCACAAUCGGUUGAAUCUAAAGAUAAAAAAGAAGUGACAGAAACUACAGAACAAUCAACUGGUGCAUUACCUAAUUUUGCACUGGCUAAUCGAAUUAUCAUUUUACCAUUACAG